UGUCAAAAAAACGUCAGGUUUAUUGAACGACGGUCUACUUUGCAGCCCGUUUAAAUUAAUUAUAAGCUUAAAACUAACGCUAAAGUGAUGAAGUAACACCGUAUCGAACAAAACCAGAACAAACUCAACAUCUUCACAUUUAAAAACUCAUGGCACAUGCGCAUGACGAGGACUACGAAGACAGGUACUACUCGUCGGGCCGUGACAGCGAUGACAGCCCAAUCUUGUAUAACAGGUACGCAACCCGCGUGGCGCGCUCUCCGUCGCCGGAGCCGCGCUCUCGCCGGUCGACGGUCACCGCCCUGGCCAAGUUCUUCCUGUUCUGCACGGCCAUGAUCAUGUUCUGUGUGCUGCUCUACAUCCCCGUCUAUAAUAAGGCCAACGUUCAAAUGUUUAAAGGUGCUGCUGUCGCCGGCUGGUCCAUGAAUACAAACCGCGACACUAAAAUAUACGUUCAACCGAACAACGUGACCACCAUACACGAACCCAAACUCAUCUGCCCCCCAUACAAUAUAGACAAAAAGAACAACCUGUUCCUUCUCAUCAUAGUCUGCUCCUCCACCACACACUUCGACAGAAGAGUAGCCAUAAGAGAAACGUGGGGGCAUUACAAAACAUAUUUACAAUUAUCUAAAAUUUAUAACGAGAUUAGGGAAAAGUAUAAAGAUUAUAAUUAUACUUACGAUUUGUAUCCAUUAGAUAGUCAUAUGAAUAGUAGUGAGAAAACUAAAAGAGAUAUCAGCAGCUUCAAACAUUUGUUGCCAGAGUUAGCUAAGGCUCUUCAAAAUAAUCUUAACGAUAAAAUUGAAGUGAAAACAGAAGUACCUGAGGAAAAGAGAUUCGAAGAUGAUGUUAUGUUACCUGAAUUUGAUAUGAAUAAAGAAUUAGGUGAUGAUAACGAUUAUAAAUACGAUUACGAGAGCAACGUUAUGAAAAUACCUCCAAAAGGUUACGAAGAUAAUACUAAUUUAGAUAAAGUUCUUAAUAUGUUAUGGGAAGAUAAACAUUUUCUUAAAGAAGAUGAUAGUAAAGUUAAAGAAGACUUUAAAAUAGAGGGAGAACCAGAUUUCAAACUCUUGUUCCUGCUUGGUUUGCCGAGUAAUGAGAAUGAUACAGAAGUACAGAAUAAGAUAGAAGAAGAAGUGCAGAAGUACGGGGACGUUUUGCAGGAGGGCUUCAUUGAUUCUUAUAACAAUCUUACUUUGAAAUCUAUUAUGAUGUUGAAGUGGGUUACGAAUAAGUGCAAUGAAAGUGUCCGUUACAUCCUAAAGACAGACGACGACAUGUACAUCAACGUGCCUGCGCUGGUCACGAACUUGCGGAACCGUUCAAAAGACCACGACCUCAAGCACCCAAACAGCAAGGAGUACCUACUUAUUGGGGACCUCAUAUGCGGCGCUAGGCCGGUCGCUGAUAAGCACAAUAAGUGGUACAGCCCCCGCUACAUGUACUCCGGACGCGUGUACCCUCGCUACCUGUCCGGGACCGGGUACGCGUUGUCCGCGCCCACCGCCUCCGCUCUAUACCGCGCCGCCUUACACCAGACCUACUUCCAUCUAGAAGACAUUUACAUCACUGGCAUGUGCGCGCUCCGCGCAACACCCGUGAUCCAGCCGCGCGACGACGCCAUGUUCUCGUACCAGCUGCUCGGCUCCGGCGCGCGCGCCGCCUGCACCGCGCACGCGCGCGUCACCGCGCACCACGUGCCGCCGCACAAGCUGCACGCCAUACAGCGGCGGCUGCUGGAGCCCAGCAAGGUUGAUCAGUGUGAACGCUUAAGACUAACGCAGAUGAAAGAGCCCCAACAUAAACUAUAUGUGUUGUACAAGUACAUAAAAAUGCUGGUUUCUCCCGAAUGCUAGAGGCGUAGCUAGGUUACAACACAAAAUUAAAAACCACAGUUUUCAUCGAUGGAUUAUGGAUAAAACGUAUCGGCAAUUUACUUAAAUACGUACCUUAAAUUAAUAAAUGUAACAAAAAUAAUUUUACAUAUCAUGUGGCUCAAGUAAAAUCUUAAUGUAAAAAGUAUUAUAAAAGAACUGAGUAACGAAGAAAUUAUUAUUGAAUGCAUAAACUCUUUGAGAGUUGAAGAGAUGAGUCCCGAUUUGCUAAAAUGUAUAAAUUAUACUAAUCUAAAGUAAGCUAGCUACGCCAUUUCUACAGGUUGGCUUGAAAAUGAUAAUAAAAAAUAAGUAAUAUAAAUUCAGCUCAACAGCAUGUUUAUUGAUAUUUGUAAAUUUUAUUCUCAUUACUGCUACGGCUCAAUUAUUAGUAAAAAACAUGAAAUUCAAAAAAGUCAUUGUCAUUUUAUUGAGCUUUUUCAAGUCAAACUGUAUAAAUACCACUUUUAACCUCAACACCCUUGCGGCAAUCGGGGCUUAUGCAUAACAAUUUAAAUUAAAUAUUCCUUAGAAACAAUGAAAUUGUGAGAUUUAAACAAAAUUCUAAUAUAAGUACUCAAAAAUAAAGUUAUCUACAAAGGUUGUAAGUGCCAAAGUGCCAAUUGUCGUAAGAGACGUGAUAAUCUCGAGUGACUCGAAUAUUUGCUCAUAUUUCAUUUUUUUGUACUAAACAUAGCAUAAAAGUUCAUGUACGUUUACAUUUAUAGGUCUACCAAUUUACAUAUGCGGUUGGUAUAGUAGUAGUGCGAUGUUUUCUACCUUCUACAGGUAACUUAGAUUUGGGACUAAGGGUAGUUAGAAUAUGUUAACGUAAUACAAAUCAGUCAUAUAUUCGGACCAAGCUAACUCCGCACGGCAUUUGCUAUGACAGUGUACUAAUGUCAUCAUUAAUGUCAAAUUUCUAUGAAACUAUGACGUUUAUAAUGAUACUCCCACACUUUGUUCCGUUCAAGUCGGUGCAAAGUUAGCUUAGACGGACUCUACCCAGCCAAGCCUCCUACCGGUUAUCGAAUAUUACUUCCUACCAACCUCAGUUAAGCGGUAGACCUGUAGAUAUCUAAUUUUCUUUAUUUUAUUUACGCAUUAGAUUACUAUUUUAGUACACAAAAUCUAUGAAUUAUUUAAUUCAUAUUGAAAUUAUUUUUUUAAUCUAGUUUUUGUUGGAAUCAAUUUUUUUAUACUUAAUAUUCCAGUAUCAGUAUUCUGUGUUUGGAUCCUUUUUACGAGUUUUACUUAAAUGUAUACGUAGAAUUGCUAAGUAGUCGUAGAUAUUAUUGAAAUUGAUGAAAUUGUGAACACAUUAGAAUGUAAGUAGGAAUUAAUUUGU